AUGCGUCAUGAACCUAUUUGUGUCGUUACUGACCAAGAUCCAGCUAUCAAGAUUGCAGUUGCUCGUGUGUUUGGUACAUCAAAACAUAGAUUCUGCAUGUGGCAUAUAAUGUGCAAGGUUGGCGAGAAGGUUGGACCGGUUUUAGCUAAGGACGAGGUGUUUAGGAGGAAGUUGAAUGGCAUUGUUUGGAACAAAUCUAUAGAUUCCAAAACUUUUGAGGAUUUAUGGAGUCGUAUUAUAGAGGAAUAUGGUUUGGGUGAUAAUGGUUGGUUUCGUUACUUGUUUGAGUCUCGUACAUUUUGGGCAUCUCCAUACUUUCAUGAUGAGUUUAUGUCGGGAUUUGUUAGGACAACAUCUCGAUCAGAGUCUCAAAAUAGUUUUUUUGGCAGUUUCUCCAAUGGUCAUUCCAGUUUGGUUGAGUUUUUGGUGCAUUUUGAUAGUGCUAUUAGUGCACAACGACAUGCCCAAGCAAAAUUGACUGCUGACUCUGAAUCAUGCUUUCCUGUUUUGAAGACUCCAUUGGCGCUGGAGAAACAUGCAAUGGAUGUCUAUACCAUUUCUGUAUUUUAUGAUGUGCAAGUAGAGAUUUGUGAAGGUUGUUUUUCUUGUCGAGUGGUGUCUUUGUGUGAGUGCGAGGGUAAGGUGUGCUAUGGGAUAAAAGAUGGUGACAAGAAGGCAUGGUCUGUGGAGUUUUUGUUGGCUGACUGUAGUGCUAUAUGUUCAUGCAAGAUGUUUGAGCGGAUGCGGUUGGUGUGUAGGCAUAUUUUUUUUGUGUUUAAAGAUCAUGGACUUGAGAGAAUUCCUUCUAUGUAUUUGGUGUCUCGGUGGACAAAAGGUGCUAGUUUGAAGCCAAUAUUUGAUAUUGAUGAUACGGUUGUUGACCAAUCGGCUAAAGUGGACAAUGUUAGGGUGCUUACUAAUCUAAUGUGGUCUGAAAUUUAUGCUUGCGUGGGAUUGGCUGAUGAUGGGUGUGAGGAUAACAAUGGGGUAGCUGGUAGCAGCAAAGAAAGUGUGAUUAAAUCAUUUUGUGGUGAUGUGUCUCAGGGGUCAACAGUGGAGGUGCGUGAUCCAAUUAAAGCUAAGAACAAGGGCGGCGGGAAGCGGAUGAAGAGUGCAAGGGAGAAAGCUGUGAAUAAGUGCGUAAAGCAAUCAAGGAAAUGCCAUACUUGUGAUGAAUAUGGCCAUAAUAGUAGGACGUGCCCAUUAAAUGGCUAG